UAGUGGUAUAUUAAUAUGUUAUUUUGAAGUUGCGUUGUUACGUAUUUACAACUUACGUAACAGACUAAAGUAAUAACAAAUUAACAAUCAUAACAUAAUAAUAAUAAUCAGUCGACGACAGACGACUGUUUGUCACUGGUGUCUGUUGAGUGUUGAGGAAAGUUAUUACAUUCUAGUGUUUAUUUUAUUAUUGUUUGUUAUUUUCAGCCGGUGUCGUUUCCAUUGUCGAAUAACAAUGCGGUGUCUUAUGGUGUUUGACAAUUUAAACGACAUCGUGUUCAUGAAAUGUGACACGAAAUUCUGCAAACACAUUCGGAAAAUCGGAAUUACGCAGGACCUUAUAAAACCAACAGAGAAUGAAAAUGAAAACUGUGAAAGAAUUGAUCCAGAUCUAAUACUUCAGAUUUUUUCACCGAUGGUUACAUCUCAGAGAAUUAUGAAUUGUCAUUUUUCAAAUCGGUAUACCUCAAUGCAAUGUCAAAAUGGAACAAAUAUUGUUUUUGAUGAGUGACAAGGAGGUGUCUUGGCAACAAAAAGUACUUAGCGUAUCAAUUUUAUUUAUAAAAAGAAUUUGUGGUUCUGAUGUUUCAUUAUUGAAAUAUAGUCGUCGUCGCCGUUUCCUGGUUUCUAAGCUUUUAGAUGUUUGGUUAAAACGUUCUAGUGAAGAACAGUGUGUAUUAAUUGAAGCUGUUGAACAACUGACUGUCAGUGCAGAACUUUCUACAGCUGCAUUAACAGCUGCUAAAACUGCAGCUGAGAAAAUGAAAACAAAAUCUGCCUUUUCUAGGGUCCAUGUACUUAUAAUGGUUCGACAAAAAUUUUUGACUUUGUAUUCUAGUCGUAAUGCAACUGAUCUGACUGCGGGUGAUACAUUAUUUUUAGCACUCUUAGCAGAGGCUAUACAAUCGGUUGAUUCAGAACCCAAGGAUAAAUCAGAUCUUGAUGUAAUUAUUGUGGAAAAAGACGAUUCACUGCAGCUAGAAAAUAAUACCCCACUGCCACGAAACAAAAUUAACAGCUUACUGAUUCUUUUGGGUCAAAAUGGGUUAAAAUUAAAUGCUGUACAUGUAUCAUACAUUACUGAUGGUGUUCCAUUAUUUAUCAUUCAUGAGAUUGGCAAUGAUGUUUUUAAUACUAGUGUAAUCGAUUCAUUAACAUCAUUUUGCACAAUACAAGAAAUCCAAAUUCGAGGAACUAUAGAUCGCGAAGCACUUAAAAUUGCUUAUGAUACAGUAGAUAGUUCCAUGAAAAAAAUUAUUGAUUUAUUUAAAAAGAAAAAUGCUCCAUUUGCUCCAACUCGAAGUGUACUUGCUAUAAUUACCACUUUAGCUACUAGAUGGGAGCCACUGAAAAAGAAAUACAUAGAGUACUUUAAAAAUAAUGAUAGUUCAUCAUUAAUUGCUAUAGAAUCGAGCAACAUGAAUAUUAUAUGUAGUCUAAAAGAUCUGCAUCAUCAUUGUAUGCUCAAUGAAUCAUUGAUUGAUAAUUAUACAAAAGAGGCAGUGAGUGAAGCAUCUGCAAUGGUUGCUGUAAUGCUACGUGAUUAUACAUCAUUUUUUGAAGUGAAAGCGAUGAACAAUUUUACAAUGAGAUCAAGGUCGACAUUGAAUAUUAAUAAAUAUUUAGAAGAAUUCCCAGGUCUAGUACAUUUCAUUUAUGUAGAUCGAAUGUCUCAUCGAAUGAUAGCUCCAGGGUUGGAGUUUGCAUCACAAGAAACACUUGAACUCACUAAAAAAAAGGUAUGGUCCAUGAUUGAUUUUAGUAGACAGCAUUUAAGAGAUGGACAUUUUAUUGUUCUAUGGAAAGAUAACACUUUUACAUAUUCCUAUUUCUUGUGGUUUGAGGAUCAAUCAGGUACAUCAUUAAAGCCAAGAGUUCAACCUACAGCUUCAGAGUUAUUUCCCGGAAUAAUAAAUGGUGAUUACUAUGAGAAGCUUAUAGAACAAUGUUUUCCAAGAAUGCCAAAAGGAAAAGUGCGUUGUUUUGAACUAUUCUGUGUGCACUUGGGUCUGGCGACUGCUUCCUGUGUGUUAGAACAUUCUCGAAGAUUAUCAGCAACUGUAUGGGAAGUAACUGGAAGACCUAGUAAUCUUCUAGAUUUGUUUUAAACUGUGUUUUAUUUAAAUGUUCAUUCCAUUUUUUUUAUAUACAUACAUAUAUUAUACAAUUAACAUUCUGUUUUUAUUGAUCUCAUAAUAUUAUGAUGUCGCUUAAACCAUUUUUAUUUAAAUAUCUAUUAUUUAUUAAUUGUUUGCUUAUUAUUUGUAUUAUUUUAUGUUAUGAUUUAUUUUAAAUGUUAUAUUAUUAUUUAUAGAUUUACUGGAUAACAAUAUUAUUAUUGCUACUUAAUAAUGAACUUUAAACUUUGAAUCUAAACCAUUUUUAUGUGCCAAUGUUUUUGCCAAAAAUUGAAUAAGCAUUAUAUAAGUAUUUUUACUGUUGUGUAUUAUAAUAAUUGUAAACUUUGUCUGGAAAAUAAAAUAAUAAUAAUAUUAUUA